AUGUCUUGUCCUGUUGUAUCUAUCCCCACUAGAUCUGCACCUACCAAACCUACUCCCACCCUCCCCGUCGACGACCCAAGCAGCAGGACCGAGCCGGAGAGCGAACACAAAAACCCGUCCCAGCCUGCAAUACCUACUCCCACCCUCCCUGUCAACGACCCAAGCAGCGUGACUGAGCCAGAGAGUGAACCUGAGAGAUCUGCACCUACCAAACCUACUCCCACCCUCCCCGUCAAUGACCCGAGCAGCAUGAUGGAACCCGAGAGUGAACCCAAGAGAGCUGCUCCUGCCAUACCUACUCCUACCAUCCCCGUCGACGAUCUGAGCAGUGUGAUGGAGCCUGAGAGUGAACCCGAAAACCCGCCCCAGCCUGAGUUCAGCACGCCGAUCAAGAUCAAGGGCGCAACUCCAGUUCCAAAAAAGAAGGGCUUCUUCGACACUCCAAGUCCCCCAGGGCCUGAUUCACUCUAUUGGAAGUAUGUCUCGCGCGAAGAAGAUGAAAAAUGGUAUGAUCGUUCGAAAACAGACACCAGCUUUCAUGCAGUACAUUCAAUGAAGCAACAACUCAGGAACAUUAGUUAG